AGACGUUAUAAUUCCGACCAUGACUGUUUCUAUUCAGUCUGACUUGUGACACUGCCAACUCAAUAUUACUAGGAUGAUCUCGUCGUUAAUAGCACUGGUGUGUGUGGCCACUAUUUCGUCCUCACUGGCUCAAGACGUGUAUGUCACCGUGGAGCAGGGCACCCUGAGGGGUGCUGUGGUGACCAGCGCUCUGGGCACGCAGUACGCAAGCUUCAAGGGAGUGCCGUAUGCACGACCACCGACGGGGGAGCUGCGGUUCCAGGCUCCGCAGGCGGCCGACAGCUGGGAAGGCGUGCGCGACGCCCUGGAGGAGGGGUCGGCCUGCGUGCAGGAGCCGGGAGGCCCCGAGGCGGGCUCCGAGGACUGCCUCUACCUCAAUGUUCACGUGCCCCUCAACACCUCCGCGCCCUUCGCCGUCUACGUGCUGAUCCCCGGCGGGGGCUUCACGGGAGGCAGCGGCGCCACCCGCAUCUACGGGCCAGACCUGUUCAUCGAAGAGGGCGUGGCCGUCGUCGCCGUCAACUAUCGCCUGGGACCACUCGGUUAUCUAAGCACACAAGAUGAAGUGAUCCCAGGAAACGCCGGUAUGAAGGACCAGGUGAUGGCUCUGCGGUGGGUGAAUCAGAACAUCGCAGCCUUCGGUGGAGACCCUGAGAGAAUAACCGCCGGUGGCUCUAGUGCUGGCGGCUGUUCGGUGUCGCACCACCUCUUGUCGCCCAGCUCUGCAGGCCUGUUCCAGGGUCUGACAAUCCAGAGCGGAGACGCCAUUAGUCCGUGGGGCAUCAUGGCGGACGCGAGGGAGAAGGCCUUCCGGCUGGGGGAGGUUCUCGGCCUCUCUACCAACGACUCCCGACAGCUACUCGACUUCCUGCUGGCGCAGGACGCGGCCGACCUCGUAAGCCACAACGACGACGUCAUCACAGAUGCGGAAAAAGUACGCAUGCAGCAUUUAGCAUGGCUGCCAGCGAUAGAACCAGAUGUAGAGGGCGCCUUCCUCACAGACUCACCCAUCAAUAUCCUGAGGAGUGGUCGCUUCAAUAAGGUUCCGAUCAUCGAAGGCUACACGUCAGGAGACGGCGUCAUCUUUGUUGACCAGAAAGCCUAUCUGUCGGAGCCAGCGUCUCUGCAGGAGCUGAACGACAACUUUGAGCUGGCUGUAUCGCCGUUGCUGCACCUGCCGACGGCCGAGGAGCGGUCUGCAGCUGCCCUCAGCUUGCACGACUUCUACUUCGGACACGAGAACAUCACCGUGGCCGACGGGCAAGCCCUGGUCAACAUGUCAACCGACCUAUACUUUGCGGAACCAGCAGAUUCAGCCAUGAGGUUCGUCGUCAACCAGUCUGACGCUGGUCCAGUGUACUACUACCUGUUUGACUACAGAGGGCCCGAGCUUCUGAACUCGACGUUCGGUUCGUGGCAUGCGGCGGAGACGGAUGUGCUGUUCUUUGCUGGGAACUCUCAGCUGCCGGAUCCAGACAGCGUGUAUGGUCGCAUGAGGUCCAACCUGGUCAGGCUCUGGUCCAACUUCAUCAAGUAUGGAACACCGUCUCCCGAUGGCGAGACAAUUGACUGGCAGCCCUUCACGACGUCUGCGUUGAAGUACAUGCACAUCACGGAUGAUUUUCAAUUAAGUGAGAAUGUCAACAAGGAACGUAUGGACUUCUGGCAUGAAAACAUUCCUUGGUGAUCGAUGAUGUAGCGAAUGUAUAAGCAUUGUUCGUGCUGCUACUACAAAAAGCACAGAAAACAGUUAUUCUUUUUGGACUGUAUAUUAAUGUGAUACAUUUUUUCUGUCAACGACGUAGAUUGAGUCCCACACAAAAUAAAACGUUUCUGUGGAGUAUUACCUGUUGGCUUUCGUCUCGAGAUUCUCGGCCGACACUUGAUUGAUGUCUUUCCUGACAUUUCGCCAGCAGGAGUUGCUGACAUUGCGAAAGAUCUACUCUCCGUUGCUGUGGCGGUUUCUUUAACAAUGCCAGGCACCCGUGCUGACGAAAUGUCAGGAAAGUCACUAAGCAAACGUCAGCCGAAGAUUCCGAGGCGAAAAUGACAAGGCAAUAAGUCAACAGGCCUCAACAA